AUGUCUUGCAAUCGUAAGCUGAUCCUGCAGCCCGAUGCUGCUGGUUGUUGGCGACACUUGGAAGGCUGUACUCGCUCCAGUGCAACUGAUACGCAUAUCUUGUUCUUUUCUGAGCUGCAGGUCUCAGGGUUUUCAAUCUCUCAACUAUUCUUAGCCCUUUCACAGCGAACAGUCCUUGAACCCUUUUUGCAGCUGAGCGGCCGCAAUAUAUUGAACGCUCAAAUGUUCGCCCAAAACAUACUCAUUUUAUCAUAUACUAGCCAAGCACCCUUUCUCAGUAUCUAUAAUUCUAGCACCAAUGAAUACACAUACUCCGGAGUAGCUCGCGUUCAGAUGUUUACCGAGGAGAGCUGCAGUCGUUGCCUGAAUGCCCCUGGCUCACUGCUUAUGCUAGACAGUUACGUCAUUUUUAGCUUCAGCAGGAGCUCUCCGCUGUUUGCUUGUGAGGUGACUAAGAUUGGUGAUCUGGAUGCAUACUUCCAACUUGGGCGUAGUGGAAUUUGCAUCUCAAUCACUGAUAGGCACCAAUUAUGGAUCUUUGAGCACAGCUUUUUAUACAUUCAUAGUACGAGCAAUCUUCUCAGAUUGAUAGGUAAACAGGACAUAGGAAGUUACGAAGUACGUGGCAAGGCCCUGAAGGAGCUGGUUUUGCCCCCAGUUACCAUAGAAAAGUGUAUGAAAUUGCACAGACUAGAUUACGGGAAUUGUCGCGAAAGUCUAAUCAUCAGUCUCACAAGCAAGUGCUGCUUUGAGCUUGACGUCGAGAAGAAACAACUAACUCCACUUACCCCGUUGUUGACGAGGGGCAGCUCGUCCUCCGAUUACUACACUGGUGCAACACAGUUCCUGUUUUACUUUCGAGAAACAAUGGACAGCAGGUGCGUCUUACACGGCUUACGCUUUGCGCUGGGUAAUGAUCUCUCAGGGGCAAUUGACGUGCCAGUUGGUUAUUACCUUUGCAUCUCUGAAACCGGCCAUCAACACAGCAACCAGCGCCAGCUUCGAUCGCUGAAAGACAUGCUACACGAGGCCAUCCUCGACAGGGGGCUUCAAGAGGCCAUAGAAGCAUGUAGACCAGACUCAGGUGUAAGCAUGCCUCCCACACAGAAGGCGAAUCUCUUGCGUACUAUUAUCUCUAGGGUUGCGCAGGAAUAUACAUGUGAUCAAAGCAAACCUACUCUUAGAGCGACGGAGAUGGAGCAAAAGCUCAGAGCAUUGCUCCAUAGGUACGUGGAGCGAAAGCUCCGCAGACCCUGCCACGCAGGUCAGCAUAUAACAACAAGAGGAGUGUAUAUAGGUACUAUAGGCACUUCUAACCAUACAGACGGCAAAUCAGAGUCAAUACACGCACAUGUUUCUGCACACAUAACUACUAGGACAUGCACAUGUGCUGAAUUGGCUUUAGCGCAACGUGCAUAUAAGCAGUCAUUAUGCUGUUUGUCCAAAGAUAUUUGUAGAGUCGGGUUCACACACAUAGCGUCUCCCUGUACCCACUUCCUGACUCCAAAGCCAGCUCUCUGGUCUAGUAUGAUCACUGCUUGUAAUAUCAUUACCCAUGCUGGAUUAAGUGUUCUCGUAGUACUGUGCCAGUAUAGCCUCUAUGUAUAUCUUCUGUAG